ACCGUAUCGAUCGUCUUUGAUCGUCCCUGAGCUGCAUCGUAUGCAAAGUGGGGCUGGGAUGAGCCAGAUGCCGCGCUGGAUCACAUCACUGCCCGCGACUCUGCGCACCUCGUUUCUCGAUUCGCCUAUCAUCAACAGUUUACCUUUUGCCAUGAAGACUUCAUUCUUUCUGCUUGCGUUUUCUACGUCCGCGGCUGCGUCGUCGUGGUCCGAGUGGGGCGACCAAGACCUGUGGGUGUUUACAACGCUUUGGCCCGCGCAGGCAUGCGCAACGAGCUACAACGCCAGUUCUCUGUGCGCGAGCCCCACCGAUUUUAUGAAGUCGCAUCUCGUCGCAGCCUCGCUCGUGCCGAGCUACGACUCGGGGCGCGCCCAAACCGGCAUGUGUCGCUACGAGUACGGCACGUUUCUCGAGACCAAUAUCCACGCUGUCGGCCAAGGACCUUUGCGCGACUACUGGCCGCACUUUGACGCGCCAAGCGUCGACACGAUGUGGACGGGCAGCUUUGACAAGGGCACGCCCGAGUAUGAGUACACGUGCAGCGGGAUGCACCAAGGCCCGUACCUCGAGAAGGUCGUCAACAUGACCAAAGACCUCUGCACGCCGAGCGCGAUUCGAUCGCACAUAGGGUCGACCGUCGCGACGCUGUCGCUUCGGGACGCGUUUGGAGGCAACGCUGUCUUGCAGUGCGACGGCAAGCACCUCGCUCGCGUCGUCACGUGCUGGGCCAAGCGUACGCCGUCGGCCACCGAGACGGACCCGACGUACGAGCCCACGACGCGCAUGGCCUGCCCGACGGCGAUCGCGAGUACCGACUCGUGCACUGAGGCUGAGACGCGCAUUGUGCCGUUCCCGCCCGUGUACAAUUAGGCGCGAGAGAAUCGCGUCUCUUGGCGCGGUAGCGCUCUUCUUGUUUUCAUUGUUCCUAAACUCAGUCUUCUCUUGUACAUGUA